CUGUGACUUCAGCAGCGGAGUCUCGAAGGUCGCGAUCUUGGAUUUCCUCGGAGCAUUCGUCAGGGUGUGGCGAUCUGAGAACACUGGGCGAAUGGCUGGCGCAGUGGAGGUGGAGCAGGUGGCCGUCGCCAAGGCAUCGUGCUGCGGCGUCCUCACGGGACCGGGCUAUGCGUCGCCGCUCGACGCAAUGGCGGGACCGCGGGAGGCUUUGAUCUAUGUCACUUGCAUCUACAAUGGAACUGGGAUAGAAAAGCCAGACUACUUGGCCACGGUUGAUGUGGACCCCAGCUCACCAACCUAUUCUAAAGUAAUCCAUAGACUUCCUAUGCCCUAUGUUGGUGAUGAGCUGCAUCAUUCUGGUUGGAACUCUUGCAGCUCUUGUCAUGGGGACUCAACAGCUGUUCGGCGUUUCUUGAUCCUGCCUUCAUUGCUAUCAAGCCGCGUAUAUGUUAUUGACACUGUAAAAGAUCCAAAAGCUCCCUCAUUGCAUAAGGUUGUUGAGCCUGCAGAUAUUGCACAAAAAACUGGGCUAGCGUAUCCUCAUACUUCCCAUUGCCUUGCAUCUGGUGAUAUAAUGAUUUCUUGUCUUGGAGAUAAAGAUGGAAAUGCUAAAGGCAAUGGCUUCCUGCUUCUUGAUUCAGAUUUCAAUGUAAAGGGGAGGUGGGAAAAACCAGGUAAUAGCCCUUUGUUUGGCUAUGAUUUCUGGUACCAACCGCGGCAUAAGACCAUGAUUAGCUCAUCAUGGGGAGCUCCUGCAGCAUUUUCGAAGGGGUUCAACCUACAACAUGUUUCAGAUGGUUUAUACGGAAGACACCUGUAUGUUUACAGCUGGCCAGAUGGUGAACUAAAGCAGACAUUGGACCUUGGGACUACAGGGCUCUUGCCCUUGGAAACAAGGUUUCUUCAUGACCCAUCUAAAACCACUGGCUUUGUUGGUGCUGCUUUGUCCAGCAACAUGAUAAGAUUUUUCAAGACUGAAGAUGGAUCCUGGAAUCAUGAGGUUGCAAUAUCUGUAACUCCACUUAAGGUGCGGAACUGGAUUCUUCCUGAAAUGCCAGGGCUGAUAACUGACUUCCUUAUCUCCCUUGACGACCGGUAUCUAUAUUUCGUGAAUUGGUUACACGGUGAUGUUAGACAGUACAACAUUGAAGAUCCAUCAAAACCUGUGUUGGUUGGACAAGUAUGGGUUGGAGGACUUCUCCAGAAGGGUAGUGAUGUAGUUUAUGUCGGAGAGGAUGGAAAAGAAUCACAAUUUGAGGUUCCUGAGGUUCAGGGUAAUCGCCUCCGAGGAGGGCCACAGAUGAUUCAGCUUAGCUUGGAUGGGAAGCGACUGUAUGCGACCAACUCUCUAUUCAGUGCCUGGGAUCACCAAUUUUACGGCCCAGAUAUGGUGCACAAGGGUUCGCACAUCUUACAGAUCGAUGUGGAUACCGAGCAAGGUGGUCUGGCCGUGAACCCAAACUUAUUUGUUGAUUUUGGGUUGGAACCUGAGGGACCUGCGCUGGCACAUGAGAUGAGGUAUCCCGGUGGCGAUUGCACCUCUGAUAUUUGGAUCUGAGGAAGUAUAAGAUGCAUGGCUGAAUUAUGAUGUCUCAAUGGCAAAGAUUGGCAGAAUAAUGUUGUAAUCUGGUAGUACUUGUUGUAUUUGGAUAAGUAUGGUACUUUCAUGUACUUCAAUAAUUAUUUACAUAUAAGGGAACAUCUAUAGACAGACCAAGUUACUUA